AUCAGGUAGGCGUUUAAAGAGUCAUACAAAUUGCUUUGUGUAUGAGGCUAAGUAUAUUUUGAUCGGUAUUAUCAGUAAUAUUGUAUUGACUACGCGUGCAUGCAAUUUGGGAAGUAUUUUUAACCGAUGUCUGCAUACGAUCCAUUCAGUAUUCAUAAUGGAGGUACUCAUACUUUCAAUGGGACAGAAACUAUCAGUCGGAUGGUGGUGGAUGGAAAUUAUAUUGAUGGAUCUUGGGAAUUAUCUGUUCGCGUUGAAGACAUAAACACAAAUGUUUCAGUACGUGUUUCGGGUGAUCUGCCACUGGGUGGUUUGAUGCAUCUAAUUGUCGAAAAAGUGAAGUUACAACAAAGUUGGUCAGAUCAUGCAAUAUGGUGGGUCGAUAGAAAUGUAUGGCUUUUGCAGAGCCGGACAACAUUGGAUCAAUAUGGAAUUCAGUCGGAUGCUAGAUUGGUGUUUCAUCGUAUGCAUAACGAUGUUCAAAUAGUUUUACCCUCUUUAACUCCUCUAGUACUUCGUGUCAAUUAUGCCGCCCGGUUGUUUACUGUGGUUCGGGAUAUAUGUAAAGAACUAAACAUACGACAUUCGGAGGAAUUAUCUUUAACACUUCCUAUCACUAAAAAUAUGCUUAAAACAAAUUGCCCAUUACCGACUAUUCGUCCAGGCUUGCGACGUCCUGGUUUGCCCAAUCCAAGAAAUGAUCAAUCUUCUGUUAAAUCGAAGUUCCCUUCACCUGCGUCUUCAAUUUAUCCUACAGUUGAUGGACAAAAAAUUAAUCCGUAUAACACAUUGAAUUCAAAUGCUGGUACAAUAAUGCGAUUUAAAUCUGAUAACUCGUUAGAUCAAGAAAGACUUGAUUUCGCUCGCUAUGCUGACUGUUCAUUGAGACGUUCUGCAAAAGCAGUGUUUGCCGAUCGCUGGUUAAUGAAACCCAAGAAUUUAGUUCAAAAAGCACGGCUGAACAGUGGAUGGUUAGACUCAUCUCGGUCACUUCUAGAACAAGGGAUUAAACCAUCAUCUUUGGAACCCGAUAGUCAUAGUCCAUCUAGCCCUCCAACUUUAUAUCUGUGCUUCAAAUAUUUCACUUUCUACGAUGUGAUUUUGAAAUAUGACGCUGUUCGUAUUCAUCAGCUUUAUGAACAAGCUCGGUGGUCUCUUCUGUCUGGCCAGUUUGAUUGUACAGAGGAUGAGAUGGUUGUUUUUGCCGCCUAUCAGCUGCAAGCCGAGUUACAGUCUGCUGCUGUCAAUCAGCACUUAUGUAUCACAAACUUCCCAGAUAUGAAUAAUACAAAUCCUUAUUCAACUUUAGGUGCUUGUACAACUGUGAGUUCUAAUUAUGUAAAUCGUAGUCCAGUUCAUGCUACUUCGAGUCCCGACUUGGCAAAAAAGCACUAUCCGCUUUAUAAUAGUGGUGGGUCAGUUUCACAGUUACCUCGGAAUUUAUCUCCAAUCAGUUCAGCUUUGGUGGAUGAAAUACCGAGUAAUGUACAUAACGUAGGUGGUGUAGACGAAGUAGAUGAACUCCUGUCAGAACUGGAACAAUCGUGUGGAGUCGCCGACGAGUCUGAACCAGUAUCACGUACUCUACAAAAUGCGAUUCGACCAACUGGCCAUGAUAUGACGGAUACUUCUGAAGUACCUAGUCUUGAAGGUUCGAUUAAAGUAUUCCGAGAUCGCUCUCGCCUCCUAAAACGUUACAAAGCGUACUGGGCUGUUAUUGUAGAAGCUCGUCUGUAUUUAUUCAAAAAUAAAACACAAACAAAAGAAUGCUUAGCUGAGUAUUCACUUCGCGAUUGUACAGUCAGUUUUGAUGUGAGUGUUGCACAUCAAAAGUACAUAAUCAAACUAUCAGUUCCUUCUAUAUUGGAUCAAAAGACAAGUAAUGGUUCUCCUCUCACUCCUUCGGGUAACUCCUCUACACCUAGGGAAUUAUGCUCUACGCGAGAAGAAAUAUGGUUGAAGUUUGAUUCAGGUGAACAAUAUGCUUGUUGGUUAGCUGCAUGUCGUCUUGGUUCUAGGGGGAAAACAUUGGCAAGUAAGGUAGCCUACAGUAAAGAAGUUGAAGCUACGUUAGAAUUACUCAAACUUCAGAUGCCUGGACCAUCUCCAGCUAUGUCACUUUCAGAAUCUACAGCCUAUUUGGGUGAUUUGACAGAUUUCUGUAAUGAACGUAUUAUUCGAAAGGCACGUUCUAAAGAUACUCUAAGACAACGUAUCACUGAAGCUCAUGUAAACAUUCGUGAUCUUGGUUUAUUAGAAGCUAAAUAUAAAUAUAUUCAAACCUGGCAACGACUGACUGAAUUCGGUCGAAGUUACUUUAUUGUACAGUUUGAACGUGGGUUACUAGGAUUGCCAAAUACAAAUAGUGGAGGGUUAUUCAGUACUCCAAUGGAUGACAUUAUAGCCAUCUGUCAGGGUCGUAUUGAGGUUGUUUCUCCACAAACAGGCGAAGUUUUAUUAACUUGGAAUUUUUCUGAUCUACGUUCAUGGAAUGUUAAUUGGGAUGCUGAAAAAGUCAUUUUAGAGUUUCGCAAUUCACAGGUAACAUUUCGACCAUUGUCGACCAACUGUAAGACAAUCGUAGAAUUUAUUGGUGGGUACGUAUUUCUUAGUCAGCGCAAUUUAGAAAAAAGUCAAGAAGUUAAUGAACGUCUAUUUCAUCGCUUGACUGGUGCAAAUGAUUGAAUUCCUGAUUUUUUGUUAAUAUCUAGAAAUAACAUAUGCUGUUGCUUAAUUUCAAGUUUGUCACUUUCACACUCACUUUAUUGUCGCUUCCAACAAAGGGAAAUCCGAAAAUAUUUUGGUGACUUUUACAUUCUCAGUACUAUCAGUUCAUUUGAUUAGACAAGCGCAGGAUUGGAUUUAUAUUCUAUUUCAAAGACUGCUAUUUUCUACAUAAAUUCUCAAGUAAGCUAUUACCUUCAUUAUUAUCUGGCACUGCUAAAUGUGAGAUUUUUUUUAUUGCUGCUAUCGUUUAAUCACCAUUAUUAUCGUUAUUGUUAUAACUAUUAUUAUUAUUAUUAUUCAUUUCAAAUUCUGAUCAAUGAUUGAAGCUUUUUCUGUGUCCACUUCUCACAGUUGAAUUUAUUCCGUUUUUUUCUUCUCCAGUUUAACUGUCAGUAUUACCACUGUACAUUGAACAAAGUACUAUGUGGAAUUUAAAUAAUAGUAUUAAAUUCUAAUAAUUAUAUUCCAUUGUCUUUCAGAAUAAGCUUUGCACUUUUCUGUAAUUUUAAAUGUUGCCUUAUUGAUUUUAUGAGUAUACUAUGUUUGUGUUUAUAUAUCCAUAUGUGUUUUUAUGUCUAUCGUAUUUUAAAGGCGAUACCUAUGCAUGUAUAUGGAUGAAUUAAUCUAUCGUUUAGCAGCCGCUAUUUUUAAAUUGCUUUCUUUUGCAAGCAUUUCUCCAUUUGGCUAUAUGUUGGUCUGUUCGAUACAAGUAGUGAAGCAACGUCACUAACACUAUCCUACUAAAUAGAAAAAUUUUAUAGCUCAGUGUUAACUUGUUCGUCAUGAAGCCCAAAGGUUCUGUGUUCGAUACUAUAUUGGUUUGAGGGUGUAUCCUAUUGAGAUGUCUUGUAUUAGGACACGACAAUUGUCCAGUGUUUAUCAAUUCUUGGUGUUUUUCCAAUUCAUCUCAAUACAUGAAAACUGGCCUCAGAAACAAUUGAAUCAGUUUUGACAGUGAUAGACAAUGGAAUAAAAGAAAUUUACCUCCUCUUUAGGUGCAAUAAUUUCAGGAAACCUGAGUCUCUAUUUAAAAACACUGAGUACUAUAAAAAGAAAUGCAAUUAGAUUAUACGAGAUAACAAAGAUUGAGAAAGUAAAGUGAUAUUGAGCCGUUGUUAUCAAUGGAGUUGAUAGGAAAUCCGUUCUAAAGAGAUGAACAUAACAAUUCUAAAAAUGAAUUGUCGUAAACUUACUUCAGGUCCGAACAUUGUGUUUGCGGGUAACAGAGGCAAAGACAUUUCAUCAUUAACAUCUCUUGAGUCAAGAAGAAAGCUUGAUAGCCCACUACCAUGUGGUCCACCAGGAGUUAACUGAUUAGACUUCAACAUACUGAGAUGCUCGAAUUUGCUGUUUAACUGUUUAUAACCUUGGUUAUGAAUGCAAUCAAAUGAAUGAAUGGAUGUAAUAUCAAUUGGAAAUAAAGGCAAUGAAUUUUUGAGUGAGUUUUUACUGCUAUCCACCUUUCCUUCAAACGUAUCAAACUUUGUCAGAAAAUUGUCCAGAUUGAAACCAACUUGUUUAAGCCACCAAAUAGGUGAUGUCAUAGCUUUACGAAGUUCUGCAAAGAGACCAUUCGGGCCAGUUCCUAACGCUUCUUGUUCAGUCAGACCCCAUUUGUGAGUAUCUAAUACUGAUGGAUCACGUUUAACAUUCGAAAGUCGAGUGGAAAUAAGGCCUCGCCAAUCCGGACUAGUAAAUGUUGCACCAAGAGGAUCAUAUGCACGACUAGUUGGUGGACAGAAAAGAAAUCCAGUAUGAAAAUCGGUAAUGCACGAGGCCUGACCCAGUGGUAAAUCAACUUCUUCAAUAAGGGCACGUGUGAAGAAAUUGUUGCGGCUAGAUAAUGUUAGACGUCGACUUCCUGUAGCGGAGUAUUCAGCAGCCCAUGCCAACUGAGGAUAGAGCAUAAAAAAUAUUGAUAUUAAAAAAAAGCAUAACAUGAAUACAUAAAUUUCAUUUUUAAC